GAGUCAGUAUUCCACGUGCUACUGUGAAAUCUCUCGUCAAUUCGUUUGCAGUGUCAUCCCCACAUUUCUCCCUUACUUCAAUGCAUUUCCAUUUCCCCUCUCUUAUUUCUCUUUUCUCCCCAUUCCUUUCUUCUUCAUUUGUCUUCUUCUUCCUCCAUUUUCCCUUCACUCUCUCCACCUUUCCAUUCCACUAACUAUGAUGAAGAUUGACUCCUUCAAACCUUCCCUUGUUCCAGCCGCCGUCGGCGUCGUCGGCGGUAAGGUUGGUGUUGGCCUCGACGACGACAUGUCAGACGGAAUGCAAUGCAGCGACCAUCCUUACCGAACCAAUCCCGGUGGAAUCUGUGCCUUCUGUCUCCAAGAGAAGCUUGGGAAGCUGGUUUCUUCUUCUCUCCCACUUCCGAUUCGCGGUUCGUCUUCUUCUCCUUCUUCUCCUUCCGUUGGAUCCGAGAAUAAUGUUAGUUGUGGUAGUGGUGGUAAUAAUGCUCCUACUGCUCCGUCGAAUGCUAUUUCGAUCGGUGCUGGUUCUACUUCGAAAACUGUCAAUUUCAACGCUAAUGGCGUUGAUUGUCAUUAUCAUGAUACGAGGCGGGCCCGGAUUCCUUUUUUGUUGGCUAAAAAGAAGAAGAAAGUUGUUACGGUUGGUGGAGCUGAGUAUAAUCGAAGUAACGACGUCGUUUUUAAGAGGAGUAAAUCCACGACGGCGCCGAGGAGAGGACAGUUUCUUGUUGAUGGUGACGACGGCGCUGAUUUUAGCCCUAGGAAGCGAGGAGGGGGUUUUUGGUCUUUUCUAUAUUACCACGCGCCGUCGUCAUCGAAAUCUCACGCGCCGAGGAAAGUGGAGAAUAGUAACAGUAAGGGUAUUACUACUACUGGUGGUGGUAAUCUGGGGGCAAACGCUACUAUUUUAGAGGAAGACGAAAGCCCUAAUAGUGAUACGACGUCGUUUGAACGGAAGGUUUCGAGAUCCAGAUCCGUCGGGUGCGGUAGUCGGAGCUUUUCCGGUGAUUUUUUCGAGAGAAUCUCUACCGGUUUCGGCGACUGUACGCUCCGCCGAGUCGAAUCUCAGAGAGAAAAUAAGUCUUCUAAAGUCUCCACUAACGGAAACUCCAGCCACCGUAACGGCGCCGGCGUCGACCAUCACUGUAUCAAAGAAAGAGUAAAAUGCGGCGGUUUAUUCAGUGGAUUCAUGAUGAAUUCAUCUUCUUCGUCUUCAUCUUCCUCAUCUUACUUAGUUUCAUCCUCCGCCGACGAGCUUACCCGUAAACCAACUCCGGCAGCUGGGCCACUAAUAAGCGGUGGCCGGAGCAGAACCUGGACGUGGGCAUUUGCAAGUCCGAUGAGAGCUUUUAAACCGUCAAAUUCAAAGGAUCGAAAACGAUCCAUAAUCAGACAAGCUACAGAAAGCAACCCAUCACCGGAUUUGAACGCUAUUCCUUCACUGUUAGCCGUGAGAAGCUGAAAAACAGCAAAAGAAGAAGAAGAAAAAAAAAACUCUGUUUCCGUUGAAAAGGGGAAAUCAUGAAGCAGCUUAUCAAAAAUCAGGUGCGUUUAAGAACAGUGGAUUUCUCUCAUUUCUCACAGUACAAACCAAAAAGAUAAAAGAAAGAGAGAGAAAGAGAGAGAUUAUUUGGAUUGAAUGAAAAAGCAUAUUAAUGAAUCUUUUGAGAAGAUGGAAAUUUGCUUUGUGUCUGUGUAAUAUCAAAUUUGUAAUUUGUCAAUGCUGAAUGUAAUGUUUUCUAUUUUUUUC